GCCGCCGCCGCUAAAAAAACAGACGCCUUUCUUUCGCAGCUAAGCUAAACCCUCACCCACAGCCGCAGCAGAGCAGAGGGAUAAACCCAAACCCCUCCCUCCAUUCGAACCCAAACCAAACCCGAGCCGCCGCCCGCGGAAUCGAAUCUUCGCCCCCUCCCGCCUUCCUCCUUCCCUUCCCUUCCCUUCCCUUCCCUUCCCCGCGCGAUCAAUCAAGCGAUCGGAGCCCUCCUCCUCAUACAAGAUGUCGCCGGCGGAGAUGGAGUCCCACAAGAUGGUUGAGGUGGAGGCGGCGGCGGAUCCUGAGGAGCGCACCGCCUCCGGUGACCCCAAGGCCUGCGACGACUGCAACACCACCAAGACGCCGCUCUGGCGCGGCGGACCCAACGGACCAAAGUCGCUGUGCAACGCGUGCGGGAUCCGGUACCGCAAGAGGCGGCGGGUGGCCAUGGGGCUCGACCCGGAGGCCAAGAGGAAGCCCAAGAGGGACGACGCCGCCCUAUCCAAGGCCGCAGCCGAAGCAGCAGCACAGGCUUCUACCCCCAAGACGGAGGAGGAGGACACCAAGGCCGGAGAGGAGAAGGCCGGCGACGACGAGAAGGCGGCCAAGAAGACCAAGAGGACGGCGACGACGCACACCGUGGAGCUCCACAUGGUGGGGUUCGCCAAGGACGCGGUGCUGAAGCAGCAGCAGCGGCGGCGGCGGCAGAUGCGGCGGAGGAAGCCGUCGUGCCUGGGCGAGGAGGAGCGGGCCGCCAUCCUCCUCAUGUCGCUCUCAUCAGGCGUAAUAUACGCCUGAUGUUUUGAUCACCUGCACCUUUGAUGGGAUAGAUCCCGGAUGAAUAUCAAGAGAAUCGUUGAGUUAAUAAUCAUCUAUGCUAUGCUAUGCUAUGAUGAUGUACUGCUAGAUUACCGUUGGUUCUUUCGUUGUUAGCUGCUACUCGUAGUUGUUGGUAGUGAGUGAGUACCUGAUCGCCCUAAUGUCUGCUGCCUGUUUGUCCCAAGUAUGUACCGUCUGACUUGAUCUGCAAUGCAAUGCAAUGCAAUGCUCUUCUCUUCUCU